UUCCUUUGUUCGGUCUAUGUCCCGAUGUGCACAGAGAAGAUUAACAUCCCCAUAGGUCCCUGUGGUGGCAUGUGCCUUUCUGUCAAAAGAAGAUGCGAACCUGUUUUAAAAGAAUUUGGAUUUGCCUGGCCGGACAGCCUAAACUGCAGCAAAUUCCCCCCCCAGAAUGAUCACAACCAUAUGUGCAUGGAGGGUCCAGGAGACGAAGAGGUUCCCCUUCAUAGCAAGACCUCCUUGCAGCCCGGAGAGGAGUGCCACAGCAUGGGAUCUAACUCAGAGCAGUACAUCUGGGUGAAGAGAAGCUUGAACUGUGUCCUGAAGUGCGGCUAUGACGCUGGGCUCUACAGCAGGUCAGCUAAGGAAUUCACAGAUAUCUGGAUGGCUGUGUGGGCCAGUCUCUGCUUCAUCUCAACUGCCUUCACGGUCCUGACCUUCCUGAUUGAUUCAUCCAGAUUUUCCUACCCGGAGCGCCCAAUCAUAUUUCUGAGCAUGUGCUACAAUAUUUAUAGCAUUGCUUAUAUUGUGAGGCUAACUGUGGGCCGGGAAAGGAUAUCCUGUGAUUUUGAAGAGGCAGCAGAACCUGUUCUUAUCCAAGAAGGUCUUAAGAACACAGGAUGUGCUAUAAUUUUCUUGCUGAUGUAUUUUUUCGGGAUGGCGAGCUCCAUCUGGUGGGUUAUUCUCACACUGACGUGGUUUCUGGCUGCAGGACUCAAGUGGGGCCACGAAGCUAUAGAAAUGCACAGCUCUUAUUUCCAUAUUGCAGCCUGGGCUAUCCCUGCGGUGAAGACCAUCGUCAUUUUGAUUAUGAGACUAGUAGACGCAGAUGAGCUCACCGGUCUGUGCUAUGUUGGGAACCAGAACCUUGAUGCUCUGACGGGCUUUGUCGUCGCUCCGCUUUUUACCUACCUGGUCAUUGGAACUUUAUUCAUUGCAGCAGGACUAGUGGCCUUAUUUAAAAUCAGGUCUAAUCUCCAGAAAGAUGGAACUAAAACUGACAAACUGGAAAGGCUGAUGGUCAAAAUUGGUGUCUUUUCAGUGUUGUACACCGUCCCAGCAACGUGUGUCAUUGCCUGUUAUUUCUACGAAAUCUCCAACUGGGCUAUUUUCCGCUAUUCAGCAGAUGAUUCCAACAUGGCCGUGGAGAUGCUCAAAAUCUUCAUGUCCCUCCUGGUGGGUAUUACAUCAGGUAUGUGGAUCUGGUCCGCCAAAACUCUGCACACAUGGCAAAAGUGCUCCAACAGACUGGUGAACUCAGGGAAAGUGAAACGGGAGAAGAGAGCAGAUGGUUGGGUGAAACCUGGGAAAGGGAACGAGACUGUGGUAUGAGAAAAGGACGAUGCCCUGAUGGUCUGACUGCUCUCCCAUGAAGGACUGAUCGUGUGUAAGCAUUGCUGUGUAAAUGUUGGGAGUAGAGUAGGGGGACGGUUACACAACCUGUCUCUGGGGGAUGGAAAAAAAAAAAGCCUUAAAGAAUGACCAGCAAAAAGAUCAUGCUGCAGAUACAAUAGCCAUACACCAUGCUGCCCAAAAUAGGAAAGCCCAGGGAGGCUUUAAAAGCUGUGAAAUAUCCGAACAUGUUAUCUUCUUUUUUCUUUUAAAGCAGGAUGCAAUAUACUGAAGUCUUUAGAAGCUGAGGGACUAUAGCCC